AUGGAGGAGAACCUGGGUUGCCUUCAUGCAAGUACUUCCCAUCAAGGUGGCUAUUCCCAUGAUGCCGUGGUCCAUGCAAUACAAAGCUGUGACAUUUGUCAUAUUGACACAGCAAAAUGAUACAGCUGUGAAUCUCUGCUCAAAAAGGCCAUCAAAGAGAGUAGUGUGAAAUGAGAGGACCUCUGGCUAACUACCAAGCUGUGGCACAGUGAUUAUGGCUAUGAAAACACAAAAAAACCAUGCUUGGAGUCAUGCGAAAGACUUGGUGUUGAAUACCUUGAUCUUUAUUUAAUACACUGGCCUGAUGCACAAGUUCCUGGUAAAAGCAAUUGAGAUGUCCAAGCUGAAACCUGGAGAGCAAUGGAGGAACUCUAUGAGAAAGGUGAUAUAGUAAUAAUUGGUGUAAGCGACUUUCUUAUCAGUCACCUUGAGCAACUAAAGGAACAUCGUGUGAUUACUCCACAUGUUAAUCAGGUUGAAUACCACCCCUUCCAAAGGCCUCAAGAGCUGGUUGAUUACUGUAGGAGCAGAGAUAUUGUUUUUGAAGGCUACUGUCCUUUAGCCAAAGGUGAAGCACUUACUCAUCCUGGUAUCAUUCAGCUGGCGAAGAAAUAUGGCAGAACUCCAGCACAGAUUUGCAUACGCUGGAGUAUAUAGAAUGGGAUCGUCACUAUUCCAAAGUCCAUGAAAGCGGAAAGGAUAGAAGAAAACUGCAAGGUAUUUGAUUUUACAAUAGCAGAAGAUGAUGUUGAAGUUCUCAAUGGACUGCAUGAUGGGAGACAUGUUUCCUGGAACCCAAGCCCUGUUGUGUGAAUGAAGGUUUUGUAUUUUAAUCUGAAGGGAGAGGAUCUGGAAUUUUUGAACACUCUGAAUAUCAACAGAAAAUCAAUUCCGUUAACCUAUCCACUGUGGAAAGGAUAAUUUAAACCCAGAUGGUCUUAUACUGCAGAAGUGAUGCAACUGAAGCGUUGAUUCAUUUUAAACUGAGCAGUAAAUCUAAUUUGUUCUCCUGGGUACUCAGGGAGUAUCUGAUAAAUACCGAUCAAAAAUCAGGAUCAAUGGCUUGUAUUUACUGUUAUGUUAACAGAUUAAUAAAAUAAUUUCCUUUAGACUUUA